CCCUCAUUUUCUCACAAAACAAACAUCAAUCGUAGCUUCAAGAAACAGAAAGAGAGAUCUUCAAAUGAAUGAUAAAGAACCUGAGAUAAUGUUCCAGAACCCAGAACUUCAGUUUCAAGAAAGCAUCUCCGACUACUGCAAUCUAUGUGAUUCUCUCAAGAAAAGAGACCUCACUACAUCCCACGAUGCCUCCGGCGAUGGCCAACCCCAGCUCAAGAAGCGAGAAACGGUCUCCGUCCACGACUACCGCCUCCGCGGCUUCUCCAGGGUCGCUGUUCCUCCGCCAAAUUUCUACCCCAGUCUCAGCCGCACGAGCUCAGAUCUCAUCAACUCUCCCGGCCUCGACCAGGCGAAACGGUCCUCCUUGGAGAAUUUUUCCCGCUCGCCUCAGGCGAUGAACCCCAAUGUCUCCACGCUGUCGCCGUCACUGAUGAAAGGGGGUUCCACGGAAUUGCCUCCUCUUCGCCGGUCCGUUUCUGAUCAGCUGCCGGUGGCUUCUCCACCAAGAACCGAAGUCAGUGGUCACGGCGAGAUGGGUACUGGAUCCCCGGCGGUGUCCCAAGAGAACCCUGAUCCUGAGAGGUUGAAGAGAAUGACAGAGAGGAUUAAAGAGAUGAAACAGUGGUGGCAAGAAGUAGUGCUGGAAGUAGAGGAUUCUGAGUCUCACCACAACAAUACAAAUGAGGAGGAAGUGAGCAUAGAGAGGGUGGGGGAGUACCUGAGCAUAUACUUGAAGUGUCCCUGUUCCAAAGCCUACCAAGUUUUCAUCUCUGAAAGCGACUGCUACUUCAAGCUCAUGUAGUGUUAGGGUGUAUUUCUGUCUUUACUGGUUUUUGGUACAUGAAUACUCUUCUUCAUAGCUUCAUCGGCUGAUUUUAAUACCAGUUUAAGUGAAAAUAAGACAGAUUUGAAUGGCUUUAAACCAUUUUUCAGAUUGUAUGAAUUCAGACAACACGCCAAUACAUUUGUGCUUACAUGUUUUUU